UGUGAUGCCCCCGGGAGUCCCCGCGCCGCCUGAACCCAUCUGCGCGGGGGUUAUUUUAUUUUAAUUUAUUUUUUUCGGAUAUUUUUCUUCUCGCCCCCCCCUCCUUUCCCCCCCCCCCCGCCCUCCCCCGCCGCCGCCCCGGGGGCAGAGCACCGGGAGCCGCCGCACGCUGGCCGCGCACGGGGCGGGGCGGGCCGCCGGCGGGGCGCGGGGCCGGGCGGGCGCCGCCGCUGCUGCUGCGCGGCCCGGGGGGGGCGGCCCGGCGCACCCCGCACCGCAGCGGCCGGAGCCGGCCCGGAUCCAGCUCUGACGGGUGCAGGCCGGCGGCGGGGGCGGCGCUGCCCACCAGGAGACCCGGACCAUGCUGGCCUGCCUGCAGAGGACCCAGAACCCCCCAGCCCAGCACCUCGUCUGCCCCACCAAGGCGCUGGAGCCACGCAAGUGCGAGACGGCGGCACCCAUGCAUUCCCCGCGCUACCCCAGCCCUGCCGAGCUGGAUGCCUACGCACAGAAGGUGGCCAACAGCCCGCUGACCAUCAAGAUCUUCCCCACCAACAUCAGGGUACCCCAGCACAAGCACCUUAACCGGACGGUCAACGGCUACGACACCACGGGGCAGCGCUACAGCCCCUACCCCCUGCACGCCGGCGGCUACCAGGGUCUCCUGGCCAUCGUCAAAGCCUCCGGCAAAAGCGUGGUGAAGAACUCGGAGGGGAAGCGGACUAAGCUCUCGCCCGCCCAGGUCGGCGUCGCUCCCUACCCCGCGUCAAGCACUUUAGCUCAAGGUCCCUCUUGCGCCGGGCAGCUGAGCUACCACGGCGGCCAGAAGCAGCUGGAGGGUCCCGUGCCCCCCAACGUGACGGUGGCGGCCUCCGUGCUGCCGCUGGCGGGCAGGAGCCUGGCCCUGCCGCCAUCCAACCUGCCCUCCAUCCAGAGCAUCAUCUACCAGAUCAAUCAGCAGUGCCAGGCGCAGGGCGCCCAGCCGGGCUGUCCGGCCGUCGUGGCCGCCAACCCCAGCCCGGCCAAGCACACCGCCUUCCCCGGCGCCGCCGCGUACGCCGGCGCCGUCCUGCCGGAGUGCCGCAAAGGCGCCGAGCUGGCGCUGGGCUCCAACCCGGCCGCGGCGCUGGGACCCAAGGCGGGCAUCUACCCCGAGGGCAUGGACUACCUGGUCUGGCAGCAGAAGCAGCAGCAGCAGCACCUGCGAAUGUACAGCGGGGGCAGCGGCGGCGGGGGGGCCCUCAGCAAGUCCCCCGAGACGUGCGCGGGCGCCUCGCGCCCCUACGCCCUGGGCGGCGCGGCCGAGAAGGUGAGCUCAUCCCCCUUGAACUGCAUGCACGGCAACUUCUCGGUGGGGCAGUACUUCGCCCCUCCCUGGAACAGCAUCUUGGUGACCCCCAACAGCGACUGUUACAACCCGCCGGAGCUGGGGGCCGGGCCCCGCGAGCUGGGGGUGCCCCCCGCCGAGGGGCUGCCCAGCAAGACGCUCUGCAAUACCUCCAUCCUCAGCAGCAGCCUCCAGUCCCUGGAGUAUCUCAUCAACGACAUCCACCCGCCCUGCAUCAAGGAGCAGAUGCUGGGCAAGGGCUACGAGACCGUGUCUGUGCCAAGGCUCUUGGACCACCAGCACGCCCACAUCCGCCUGCCCGUCUACAGAUAAGGAACCAAUGCUGCUUUUCCCAAACCCAGGGCGAGGACUUCGGCACGAGCCGCGCUCCCCUCCGGCACCGCGCGGGUACUGGACCGUG